CUUCAAAAACGCUGCCCCAACCCUUCUUUACGCAGCAGCCAAGAUCUCUAGAACUUGAUCACAUAGCCUACCGAUAGACGGCACUGAAACAUAAAUGAGCUGCCAAUAUUUUUCAUAGCUUUACCUUUAUCUUUUUCAUCUACCUGUCUGAUAUUCACAGAUGAACAUUUGCUUCGGAAAUAUUCAAUAGAAUGUCUAGACGUAAACUUGGCAGUCGACCACAACACCUACGGACAACUGAAGAUGCCCCCGAGCCAGCAGUGUGUCCUUCACCAGGCAGAGCCUCCCCUCCCAAGACCGGGGGUCCUGAUGUCCUCACGUGUGGACAGUGUGGACAGGCUUUCCCCCUGGGUUGCAUCCUGGACUUCAUUCAGCACAAGCAGGGAGGCUGUGGUCGUUACAUAACUGGACAUCAGAGCCACACACCCCCUUCGCCCACCAGCUGUGUGUCGAGAUGCGUCCCCAGAACCCAGGUCAGGAUGGAGUACGUAGAGCUUAGGAGAAUAAUGGACAGGUCCUGGCCUGAGAAGUCAGAACAGCAUAAUGCAGGUGAGUUGGCAGAGGAGCCCGAGAGUUUGACCUGCCAGAUGUGUCAGACUGUGUGCCUCAGUGCCUGGAGCCUGCUUCAGCAUGCACAACACACCCACUCCUUCAACCUCUACCAGGCAGAUGAGGACGCCAGUGCUGCUCAACUUGCCCAUCCACCCCAACCCCACCAUCCUGCCGCAUUCACCUCAUCACAGGGAUCCACCAGCCUGAACUUCACCAAGCAUUUGCGGGAAUUAGUAGAGGUGAACGGGGCCUCUGAAGGUGGGGCAACGGGUGGUGCUACCUCUGCCUCCCCUCUGGUGGCGUCCCGCCCCCUCCAUGCACCGUUAACCUGCGAGCACUGCGGCCAGGGCUUCCGCUCUACGCGCAGCUUGGCCGCGCACCGCCGCACCCUCUCCUGCGACCGGCGGUACCGCUGCGGCCUGUGCAGCUUCGCCUUCACUCAGAGCAAGCAGCUGGCGCAGCACACGAGGAGCCACCACGAUGCACUUGGAGCUGGAGCUGGAGCUGACGAAGCCUCGCUAUGUCGGCAGGGAGAUGGCAGCACCAGCGGUAGCCAAGGAGAACAAGGAGUGCUGAAUGAGGAGACGCCUCAGCCCCCUGCUGGCCCAGGCUUGAUUGUUCUGUCAUCGCGCUCCACAGCUCCCUGUAGGACCCAGCUGCAGUAUUUCCAUCCCCAGCUGGAGGCAGAUGAGGACGGGCAUGAGGAGUCCCAGCAGCCCUCGCCGCUUGGCAACUCCUCCGAGGGCUCCGUGGAGAGCGCGGGGAGCGGCGAGAGCGGCAUCGCCAGUGGCAACUGCACGCCCAAGGGUCCCGAACAAGUCGAGUGGGAGAGCGAGAAGGACGCGGACGCCAUGCUCGUGUGGCCGCUACAGAGUGACCGGAGACCCGCCGAGGGAGGCUCGCUCAGGAAGAAGAGGGAGGAGGCGUGUGAUUUUUGUGGCAAGUGCUUCCGGAACAGCAGCAACCUCACCGUGCACCGGCGCAGCCACACAGGUGAGCGGCCAUACCGCUGCACCCUAUGCAGCUAUGCCUGCGCCCAGAGCAGCAAGCUCACUCGCCACAUGAAGACCCAUGGUGCCCGGGGUGCCCAGCCUACCUUCCAGUGCCAACUGUGCGGUGUGCCCUUCACCGUCUAUGCAACCCUGGAGAAGCAUCUGAGGAAGAUUCACGGCCUCAGCCAUGCCAGCGCUGGCGCCUACACUCUCAGCAGCAGUGAUGACGUCCAGAAGAAGGAUAACAGUGGCACAGUGCCAAGCCAGACCCAGGAACAGACAAGUCCAAGCAUCAGUGAAGAAUGUAAAGAGGAGAGCGCUGAUGUUCCAGUCACACAGGAAAUAAGUGUGGCUUGAACUGCUUGUCUUAAAGAAUGUGUGGGGAAAUAAAUAAAAUAGAAUUAGUCCCCGUCAGUGUCUAUUGUUGUAGUAUCUGACUUCAAUGAACUGCCACCACUGCUGUUUGUGAAUAGCUUUGCUGCCAGUGGAAGUUAAAGCACUCUGUACGACUGACUCUCUGUAAGUCACCACACUGGAAUAUAAAAAUGCACUGGACAAGAUUCAAUGUGAAUAUCAUGUGGAUAUUUGGUGGGGUUCCCCCCUCUUCAUGAGUCGGAGUGGGAAAACCAGGAAAAUAGUACUGCUUUCUUUGUAAGGGUUAUUGCUGUUCCUUAGAGGGUUCUUUAUAUUUGACAUAUUUACAACUACUAAAUCUGGGUAACGGGUUAUUUUACAUGUACGUUUUCUACAAUUCAAAGGAAUAACUGGAUGGACAUCAGUAACCGCUGUUGGCCGAUGUAGAGACCGCUUGCUUUAGUUAUUUAGUAUAAAAUGGGUUCUCCAUUUUGCUUGCGAGUAGUGUUUGCUGUAAACCUUUUUUUGUAGUUCACGAUUCUGGAAUAGCCAGAAGCCAUUGUCUCAGGGACUUUGAUGUUGUGACUGCUUACCUCUGCCGCGCUUAAAACAAAAUGGGCAUUCAGUUUUGACCAUAAAUAGUCAAUUGAUCCGACAUUGCCUGUUUUUUUUUCAAUGUUUUGAAACUCCUUCGUGUGCCUGUUUUGCCCAAGGCCCUUUCCUAAGUAUAUUUGAUCAUAGUAAAUACCAGUUUUUGCAGAUAUGCAAAAUUCUUAUAUGCCUCUUAGAAAACAUGGUGGUGAGCCAUAAAUGAGCACUUCAAUGUUGUUGGUUUGUGAGUGGUAGAAGAUAUGAUGCUCACUUUAUGUAGACAGGGAUGAUGUAUCCAAGAUGUGUUUUUUUAUUUCUUAGAAUUUGUUGUCGUCAGGGACACAGUUCUCAGUGAAUUCCGUAGUUAGUAUGGAACGUGUGUGUGCAAAAUACAUUUGUUUGCAUUUCUUUCAGGUCAAUCCUGUUGUACAGUAGUAGCAGCUAUGCUUUUCUCGCCAUGGUUGUGACUUCUUUAUUUGUAAGUUUAUAAAAGAAUUGUAUCCCUUUCUCCUCCUUCCAUACCUGUGAAACUUAUUAAA